CGUGCGCAGGCACCAAGCAGGUGCGACUUGAGGUGUGUUCAUUCGAAGGAUGGGCAGGUGUAAACAAAAUUUGAAUUCAUCGUGCCUAAAUCGAAUCCGAGAUCAGAGUUCAUCAGAUCGCACACGCAUACAUAACAGGCUUGUUCCUUUCCAUCAUCGUAAUUCACUGCAAGCAGUUUAUUCAAUACAUCUACCGCAACAGAGAUCUCGAGCUGUCGGAGCUAUCGUCACGAUCAUUAGUGAGCAAGAAUAUGGCGAAUACGACCUCACAGGAUACGCCUAAGACGCAGAAUUCCCAUUCAACAUCUUCUGCUGCUUCACAGUCUUCCCUUUCGAACAUGCGCCGCUCGUCAUUCGAACAUCGCCCGACAUUGCAAGACUUGGAGCCAUUCGAGCCGUUACGACGCUAUAGAAGUAUGGGUGAUGGUCUCAGACGACCUUCUCUUGGUAAUCGUAUCUCGCAAUAUUUCCACUCAUUGCCUGGCUUACGACGUGCCAGCGUUACACCCCAACCGCCCGCUCCUCCACUUUCGCUUAGUGCGUCAAACACUAUGCAAGAACGAUCACGAUAUGUUGCGGACAGGGAGCGUAGAAAUCAUGCGGAUAAUACUCCUCACAGCCCACCAGAGCCCCCGGGCAACCGGAUCCAGCCAAUAUAUCUCGACGGAUCGGAGAGUCCACCUACAGAGCCACUCGGCCCUCAUGGCGCAAGUACGGUUCGUUUCCAUCCCUCCACACAGGUGGGCACAUUCCUGCGGGACUCUCCACCAUGUUCCCAGCAUAUAUAUCGCAUUCGCAUGCUGCCAUAUCCAGCGCGCGAUCAUCCCGAUCCACGGCUUGCAGACUACCAGAGACACAUGGGGCCAUUAGUGCCGCAACAGGCCAGCAUUUCUUUAUCGUCGCUCUCGACUAGAAACAACCCCAUCUUGAGGUCGCGAAUGCCUGCCUCUUGGGGACCUUUGAACUUACUGGGAGACGGUGGAGAAAGUGAAGACGUUGCGCGGUUGCCGACAGGCCUGGAACAGCGGCUGCGCCUCGAUAGUCUGGGACAAGCACCCGAUGCGGUCAAAGAGCAAGACACCGAAAGCAGCGACUCCGACGUAUACGAUGAGGAUGCUGUCGAGUAUUGUGAGCGCCCAGUUCGUGUGCGUCCGACGCAUAAUGCUCGUAUGUAGGGAGGUAACAUGCAAAGAAUUGCGUUGGAUGAGUGACGCUGACAUUGGGAAAUGCAUCAUAGCUUCUUCGCCUACUGUCAAUACUGUUUACACAGAUAUCUCACACUUAGAUCCCAAAGCUCUCCUGACGGCAAACCAGAGGUCAGAGGGCCUAUUCGGAACAUUACGAUACUGGCUGGACAUCAUCGGAGACGAAAUGAUGCCAAGCCUUGAUAAUAUAUCGCGGGCAGAGGAUGAAUGCGCUUCAGUGCCUCAGCAUCGAGCAAGCAUGCCAGAUGCUGAACCUAUUCACCCUACA